GGGGGGGGUUCAUCGGGGAUGCUGACGAGCAGUCCAACUCUCAGUCUGGCAGCGGAUGUUACCUUUGACUUCACCUUCCCAUCAUGCGGACCGGCCACCCCGCCGAGCUUCACCUUUGACCCGUCCCUGCUCGAGGUCCCAUACCAGGCCGGCCACUCGCGCUCCAGCUCGCAGGCUUCCGUGUACUCGUUCGAGUCGUCCCCGGCCGACUCGGUCACGGCUCCCAGCACCGCGCGGACCACCCCGGCCCGCUCUCCCAUCCGGACUCACGGGCCCCUUCUCCUGCCCAAGAUCCGCAGCCAAGACCAGGCCAUGAUCCCCCCGGCCGUCGCUCCCCGGCCCACCAAGCGGGCUAGGACCUCUCCGGCGCCCGCCCUCCCCAGCAGCAGCAGCAGCAGCAACAACAACAACAACAGCAACAAGAGCGCCUACCGUCCCACGCACACUCGCAGCCUCACCAACCCCGAGACUAUCUCGUUCUCCUCGGCGCUCUCCUUCGUCCCCGACGACAGCAACCCGGCCCCUCUGCUCUGCUCUCCCGUCAGCUUCACUCGCGAGUCGUCGGUGUCGUCGACGCCGGCCAUGCACUCGAGGCGGGCGUCGUCAUGCAGCCUCGACAACGUCGCCGUCGAAAACUACUUCCCGUCCUUCCAGAUGCCGCCCGCCCCCGCCGCCGCUGCCUACAUCCCGGCCCGCGCCAGCAGCAGCCCGACUCCUCCGCCCCAGCCGCAGGCCCUCCCGCAGCCCGAGCCGUCGUUCCUCUACCAGCAGUUCGUGCCGCAGCCGGCCUCGCCCUCGCCCCUGGCCCCCGCCGCACCCAUCACCCCGGCCGUGGCCCCGGCCCCGGCCACUACCCUCUACUCGUACCUCACGGCGCCCAACCCGGCCCCGUCGCUCGUCCGCACCCUCUCCUUCCCCCUCCGGGAUCCGCACACUAAGCACUUCUGGUGGGACGUCCGGCAGGUCCGCCCCUGGACCGACUUCACCGCCGCCUCCAUCCUCUCCAUGCCCGGCGCCGCCGCCUGCCUGUCGGCCCCGAUCCCCUCGGCCGUCCUGCCCGCGCCCGUCGCCACCCAGCGCCACCCGGAGACCGAGGCGGCCCUGCACUCCAUCUACGCGGCCCACUACCUGCCCAAGCUCAACGCGGCGCUGGCCCUCUGCUCCCAGCGGCCCCUCCAGCUCUCGGUCCCGCCCAACAAGACGGCCGCCUACCAAAACCUGGGCAUGGCCACCGACUGCAUGUUCGUGGCCAACGCGGCGGGCGAGUCCUCGUCGGCCGCCGCCAUCUUCGGCGGCAAGCCGACCGCGCGCGUCGUCGGCCUCGUCAAGAGCUUCGACCGCUUCAACACGGGCAUGCGCGCCGAGGGAAACGUCAAGCGCGUCGAGUACCUGCGCGGCCUCGCCCACCUGCACCACGCCAUGCGCGAGCACGGCUGCCGCUACGGCUUCAUCCUGACCGAGAUCGAGCUCGUCUUUGUCCGCAACGGCACCGAGCCCACCCCGCACUUUGGCUUCCUCGAGGUCGGCUGCGUCCAGCUGGCGGCCGCCGCCGCCGCCGCCUCCGACGACCUCGACGUCCACGACGGCCUCGGCCCCCUCGUCCGCCCCGACGAGGCCAAGAUGACCGCCUGUCUCGCCCUCUGGGGACUCUGCAUGCUCGCCGGCGACGAGCCCAUGCCGGGCCACGCCCACUGGAAGGCCGAGAUCGGCGCCCCCGCCGACGGCACCCGCCGCAAGGCCCUGCCCCGCGACGCCUGGAUGCCCCAGCCCCAGCUGGCCGAGAAGCGCGAGGCCAAGCGGGCCCGCGGCUGGAUCCUGCCCGAGUGCCCCGUCGGCCGCAAGGAGGUCGGCAAGAGGGGCGUCAAGUACGGCGCCUGCUGAAGCAAUAUUUUUCUUUUCUUUUCUUUUUUUUUGGGACCUUGAUCGCUUCUUUCUCUUUUUCUUCUCUUCUUUUCUACCUUUUUUUUGUUUCCCACAAGUUUUUUUGCUUCGAUUUUUUUAUAACUAAAGUUAUA